CCAGCAGCUCCCUCCGCCCACCACCGCGUCUGCGCAUGCGCGCACCUUGCAGCGAGUCCCUUGCUCAACCCCCCCCACCCGUCGGAUUUUUGUUUUCCUACUAAGCGACGCUGCGUUCGCAAUUAACGAAGGCAUUUAAAUCAAACUCUCGUUAUCGGAGCGCGGCGCAAGCAGUCUUAGAGGGGGUAAGGUAGAGGGAGAGAGGAGGGGGGGGGGAUCGACUCGUCGGACAGCCCGGCUCGCACAGACGCCACCGCGGCCCUCCUCCUCCCACCGCCCCCCCCCCGCCACCCCCCGUGCCGAGAUGGAGGUGGGCGCCGCCGAGGAGAUCUGCCUCUCCACCAACAAGCAGCUGUCGGACCUGCUGCAGGAGCUGUGCGAGCUGCGCGAGCGCGGCUCCUUCUGCGACGUCGUCGUCGAGGUGCAGAGCUGCCGCUACCUGGCGCACAAGGCGGUGCUGAGCAGCACCAGCGGCUACUUCCGCAGCCUCUUCCUGGGCGCGCCCUGCAGCAACAUGGGGCCCUUCGUGGUGGACUGCGUGGGCGCCAACGCUUUCGAGCUCGCGCUUGACUUCGUCUACAAGGGCACGGUCACCGUGGGAAGCCUCGCCGACCUUGGCGAGCUCCACCGGAGCGCCCAGAAACUGGGCAUCGUCGGCCUGGAGGAGGCCUGCUCGCCGUUCUUGCCCGUCCUGCCCGCGUGCCCCGAGGACGCUUCUCCGGCGGCGAACGCGGACGAGCUGAACAUUGUGGAGGUGGCGCGUGUGAGCACGGUAUCGGUCUUUCAGUACGGCGACGACGGCGACGACGGCGACGACGGUGACGACGACGGCGACGACGGCGACGACGGCGAUGACGACGGAGGAGGAGGGGGCGGCAUGCACGCCCCCCAGGCCAAGUGCUCACCGGCGCCGAGGUUCGGCGCGGGCCUCGCCAGGGGGGUUGGCGGCAGCGGGGCCUUCGUGGAGUGGCCGCUCGUCCGUGAGCCGUUUGGCGGCGGUGUCGCCGCCCGCGUCGGGGAACCCGCGCAGCCACGCUUCGCCGCCAGCCAGGAGCGCCCGCUCCAUGAUUUCCCGCGCGGCGCGUUCAGGGGCGGAACCGGCGCGGCCUUUGGCGCGCUGGUUCCCGCCGCCGAUUACCGGAUCAAGGUGGAGUCUCCCGACGAGGAGCUGUACGAGGGUGCGGGCAACGCACGCGACGGCCUCGGCUUCGCCAAGCAGGAGCUGGACUUGGCGGCCACCAUCCUGGAGGACGGAAAGCAGCCGCUCUCCUUCUUGCGGAUGGCGUCGCCCUCCCAGGGUCGCUUCGCGGCCGGCGUCGGCGGUAUCGGCGUCCGGGACGACGAGGAGGACGAGGAGGACGAGGAGUACGACGACGAUGACGCGGUGGCGGCGGCGGCGGCGGCGGCGGAGGCGGCGGCGGCGUGCGCGAUCGUGCGGUGCCGGGCGUGCGGCGAGGCCGUCGAGGAGAGCGUGUCGGCGCUGCGCGAGCACUCGUGCGGCCACCUGGACAUGGAGCGUCUCGCGUGCCGCAUCUGCGGCCUGCGCUUCGGCAACAUCAGCGACGCGGUGGAGCACGCCCUGCUGCACACGGGCGUGGCGCUGCUCGCCUGCAAGCACUGCGGACACAAGUUCCUGUCGCCCGAGAAGCUGAGCGCCCACGCGCGCGGCCAGUGCAAGAAGCGCAAGCACAAGGGCAUCGGCACGCGCCUGUCGAAUGUGCGCCAGCUCAAGUGGCAGCGGCAGGCGGUGCCCGCGGAGCGCGCGACCUGCGGCGCGUGUGGGGCGGCGGUGGCCGGCUGCAUGUCGGACCUUCGUGACCACGGCCUCGUGCACCUGGACGUGGAGAACCAGCGGUGCCGCCUGUGCGGCUACGUGUCGCUCUACAAGAGCAACCUGGUGAAGCACUCGCUUGUGCACAUCGGCGUGUACCUGUACUCGUGCCCCACCUGCCGCAAGAGCUUCCUCUUCAAGUACGAGAUGGAUCGUCACGUCUGCCUCAAGGCGAAGAUGGAGACGGUCACGUAAGGGGGAGCCCGCGGAGCCGCGCGUUGCCUCCGCCGCUUUGUUGCGCGCGUCGAUGCAAACGGGCGGAAACCUGGCGGCGGCGGCGGCGGCGGCGGCGGCGGUGGUGGCGGUGGUGAUGAUGAUGGUGGUGGUGAUGAUGGGACGAGCUGAAAUGGUUAACAGGAGACGACUGCUUGGCCCAGCAGUCGGUUUUCUUGUCGCCAAACCACCUGACGUGGGUUGAAUUCUCUGCUGCUGCUGUUCAAGUGUUCCGACAGGCCAGAGCAGUGAAGGGGAUGUUAAAAACCCUGUGGCAUCGUCCACAAGAGUGGCCCCUCGUGUGGCCAGUGUCCAAAUCCCACAGCAAAAUGAGUUUUGGGCGGCGCUGCUGGUCCUCAGCCAAGUGGUGACAUUUCACAUUCCUAUAACAAGGCCCCAUUGUGAAUGCAAUAGUUUUUGACUUCCCCGCAACUCAGCAGUCUGCUCAUUUAACCUACCCCAGCGAGAUGGUGAGGAUGACGACGGUGAAGAGUAUGAUGAUGAUGAUAAUUAUGACGACGCUGGGGUUGAGUCGUCCCUGAUUGGGACCCGAACUGAUAACUGCACGAUCACGAAUCCGGUGCUCGAUAAACUCGGUGACCUCUAAUGCCCGUCCGUCGCUAAAUAUAAAUUGGUGAAAAUAACAGCCGCCGUCUGGUACGAUCGUACUGGUCUUCCUGUACCAAAGAGGCGUCGCGUCUCAAGCGACUCGCGCGACGAGAGGACUUGCGCGCUGCCCUUCGGUUGCGUUUUUUUUUAUUUUUAGUAACGCGAAGAGAAAUGAUCCCGCACGCUUCCCUUUAAUCACCAUUGAGAGUCGUACGGCUCUUUUCCGCGAAGCUACGCAACAUAUCAAAGAACCGUGUACGUAGGCAGGCAGCGGUUGGAACUCCACGGUCGGGACAUUGGCCACCAAACGCAUUCCUUGCGUGGUAAAAAA